CAGCGCCGGGUCCGCGUUCUUAUGCUCAGUGCCGGGCUCAGGGAGCUCACUGAAAUCAGUCCUACUGCACGGGUCAGUGCCAGUCGUGUACGGGACGGGUCGCCCGCUGGGAGUCGGAUUAUACCGUUUGGAUUACCGCGCACUUUUCUGACGUGUCUCCUUGUAUUGGAUUUGAGGAGCCCGGGGGGCAGUUGAUCCGUAUAUCGUGGACUGUACAAGGCUGCCGGGUAGUGUGCUGUAUGGUGACGCUUCUCUUGCACAGCAGCCCCCCCCCCAGAAGACGUGCAGCGCUGAGCUGGGGAGAGCCGGGCGUAUAAAUGGAUCGUCAGGCUAGCCUGAUCGCCCUGUGGCUGCAGCUAGAACUCUGCGCUAUGGCCGUGCUGCUCACUAAAGGUGAAAUUAGAUGCUACUGUGAUGCUCCACACUGUGUUGCAACUGGAUACAUGUGCAAAUCUGAACUGAACGCCUGCUUUUCUAGGCUACUUGACCCUCAAAACAAUAAUUCACCUCUUACACAUGGCUGCCUGGACUCCAUUGCAAACACAGCAGAUAUCUGCAAACCCAGAGUGGAGGAGAAACAGAGUAGUGCAGCCGCCCCAAAGCUGGAGUGCUGUCAUGAAGAUAUGUGUAAUUACAGGGGCCUUCACGAUGUUCUGUCUCAUCCAAAGAGCGAAACAUCAGGUGCCGGCGGCAAAUACCAGCAUGAAAGCACAAGAAACCUUAUUACAAAGGUCCAAGAGCUGACUUCCUCCAAAGAACUGUGGUUCAGAGCAGCUGUCAUCGCCGUGCCUAUAGCUGGUGGAUUGAUUCUGGUGCUUCUUAUCAUGCUUGCACUCCGCAUGCUCCGUAGUGAGAAUAAGAGAUUACAGGAUCAGAGACAACAGAUGCUUUCCCGUCUGCACUACAGUUUUCACGGGCACCAUUCAAAAAAAAGACAAGUGGCCAAGUUAGACUUGGAGUGCAUGGUGCCAGUGAGUGGCCAUGAAAACUGUUGUUUGACCUGUGAUAAAAUGAGGCAUACAGACCUCGGCAAUGACAAAAUAAUCUCUCUAGUUCAUUGGGGGAUGUACAGUGGACAUGGAAAGCUGGAAUUUGUAUGACCACGUUGAAGAUGAUCAUCCAGUAGGCUCUGCCUUUCUUGGUUUUGCUGGAUAAUAGCACUUUAUCUUUAAAAAGAAAAAGAAGAAAACUGUCUUCCGAAAAGGAGGGUGAUGGGAUCUUUAGCACAGUGAAAAUAUCUGGUUUCCGACGAAAGAUUCCAAAAGACGUCUUAUUUGCACAGAUGGGAGUUGCGGACUAUUUGGUUUAACUUUGCAGGAGGCAAGAUGUGGAGGAGUUGUACACUGUCACCAAUGCUUUCUGAACUUUAGGGAGCGAAUAUUGGUCAUUGAAAUAAACUGUACACACUGUACAUGUUUCUAUAUAUGUUUAAUGUAAAGAAUUUUUUAAAAUAUAUAUAUUUUGUCUGGAA